AUGAAGGCGCUGGCUGCCAUGAUCGUUGUUGCGUUCAUUGGCCCGGCAACUGCGGCAUCGGCUCCGCCGCCGGGUGCUGCCUCUUGCUCAGGCUGUCAUGCCUUGCACGACACGUCAUCGACGGCGAUCCCGCCCAUCCAUGGCCGUGACGCCGACGAGAUCCUGGCCGCGAUGACCGCAUUUCACGACGGCACGCGUCCGGCGACUGUGAUGAACCGGAUCGCCAAAGGGUUUUCCGAAGACGAGUUGCGCGCCAUCGCACUUUGGCUGGCGGCGCAGAAGUAG